AUGGCGCACUCUCCAACGGGCACAGAUCUCCCACCGCAAUAUCGUCCCGUUGGCAUCGCUCUCGCCAUUGGCUCUGGUUUGCUCAUAGGUUCAUCCUUUGUAGUCAAGAAAAAGGGUCUCAUCCAGAGCAUGGGCGGAGAAACACACGCUCCAGGUGAAGGCGUCGAGUAUCUCAAAAACGCGGUUUGGUGGACGGGCAUGAUUAUGAUGAUCGCAGGAGAGAUUAUGAAUUUUGGCGCAUAUGCCUUUGUAGAAGCCAUCGUCGUGACACCUCUUGGUGCACUGUCCGUCGUCGUUUGCGCCAUAAUGUCUAGCUGGUUUCUCGGCGAAAAGCUCACUACACUCGGUUGGCUCGCUUGCGCGGAAUGUAUAUUUGGCUCGACGAUUAUUGCUCUCAAUGGUCCCAAGGAGCAAGCCGUCGCGACGAUCCACGAUUUUAAGGGGAUCUUUCUUGCACCUUGGUUCCUAGUCUGGGGCUCUCUAUGCAUUAUCGUGGCCACGAUCAUGGUAUUCUUCGUCGCCCCACGCUACGGAGAGAAGACUAUGUUGGUUUAUAUUGUCAUUUGCUCAUUAUUUGGCGGACUUUCGGUCUCAUGCAUCCAAGGACUUGGAAUGGCCAUCCUCACAACAAUCCGCGGCGAGAAUCAAUUCAAGCAGUGGUUCACAUACUUUCUCCUUGCAUUUGUUAUCGUGAUGCUUCUACUAGAGGUACUAUCUUCUAUCUCAACAAGGCUCGCACUCUUCAACACGGCCAUGGUCACUCCGACUUACUACGUCAUAUUCACUUUCUGCGUCAUUGUGACGAGCGCUAUCCUUUAUCAAGGUUUCAAGGCCAGCGCUGCCACGAUUAUCACACUUGUUUUUGCCUUCUUGACCAUUUGCGCCGGCAUUACACUACUCCAACUCUCCAAGGUCGACCCUCGCAAACUCCAGGUCGACGAGAAGACAAACCUUUUGCUUGCGGCGAACCAACAAGAAAUCGACAACCCAGAGAAUCAGGACCCAGAGAAAGCCAUCGAGGUUCCUGAAAUGGACGCCCUCCGUGGCUUGGGUACCUUUGGAACUAUUGUGAGGAACAGACGCCAAACGAUAUACGACGAAAACGGGCGCGUCGUCCGACGUGCAACCAUCUACUCAAAUCGUGGCACGAUGUAUUCUCAAAAUGGAAACAACAGCAGCGUGCGUGACUCACCUAUUCAAAUGCGGAAGCGACUUGCGAGCAAUGCGAGCGCGACGCCGCAUCCGACCACCAACUCUGCGCAUCCGAGCCCGCCGCACGUCACGUUCCCGUCCACGCCGCCACUGAUACGAGAGUCUCGAGAAGAAGAAGAACCGACAAUGUCGACGCUCCUCCGGCGUGAGGAAAUGUCAACCUCUCCAGAGCCGAUGAAUACUCAUCCCAGCUUUUUGGGAAUCAAACUUCCUGGUGGUCGAAGGUCGUUCAAGAGGAGCACUCCGACGACACCCACCGCUCCACCGCCUCAACCAGACUUGUCACGCCCAAUGUCCAUGCCAGACAUGAAGGAAAAGCCAGACUCCGUGGAGGAACCCGCGAUACGGAUCGAGAAGCCACCGUCCGAGGACCAGACGACGCUACCCACAGACAAGUCGGAGAAGUAG